AUGGCACUUCACAUAUCAACGUCUGUAAGAGCACGUCACCUGUCACGCCGGGACCAUGUGCUGAACCUUCUACCACCACUGACUGUUGUCAAUAAGGAAGAUGUUACAAUGCAUGAACGGUUGUUCGCUGACAAUCCCCCACAAAAGAAUUAUCCGGAAAAUUUUCCAAGUAAGGUCCUUCGACAUCUUAGCGCAUGGACAUUUUACUCGGCUCCAACAAAAGGAGAACUUGCAUUGCUUGACAGAAAUAUGGACGAGUUAGAAAAUGAAACAAAGAAAACAUCAAAAACAGACCCGGCUGUCACAAAGAAUCAUAAUAGCAAUCAGAAGACAGAAAAGAGAACUGACAGUGACCAAAGGAAACUGGAAUCUAACAAAGGGAGGAACGUAAAUGCCGACAAACCUAUGAAACAAAUUCAGGCAAGCCGCAAGGAGUUCAAAAGAGAGGAUAAAGAAUUAGCGAAAAUGAAAGAGGAAAAGUCGAUUUUAACUUCAAAUUUCGAAAGAAAAAAAUGUAGCAAAUCCAAUCCUUCCAAAAACACAAGACAACCUUUUAGUACAAGUAAAAGCAAUCGCGUUAAAGAAGAUGUGAAUAAGGUAAUAAAACGUCGUUCAAGUUUCAAAGGUGGCACCGCUAGUAAACAACAAAAAAACACUCGAGUUAAAAGUAAACCACAAACCCCUAUCGCAAAGCCUGAAAUAAUAACACUGAAAAAAAACUCGUGGUAA